AUGGUAGGCGAGUCCGCCUCGCCCUUCACGAAACGUGACCCACCCACUCUGCGACCUCAGCUUCAUCCCAAGCCUCAACAACCCGCCUUUGCUCCAGUCACCCGCCCUGCGGGUAGCGUCGCUCGCCUCACUCUUGGGCCCGCUGCCCUCUCUGCGGACCUUGUCGAGGACUCCUCCAUCUCCGCUACGGGCAUCCCCAUCAAGCGGGGCACACCCUCUCCUCAGCUCUGCGGUAAAUGCGCGAAGGCAGGAAAGGGGAAGACACCGCCACCUUCAGCCUCACUACCACACCAACCACAGGCACUGGCACCCCCACCGCACCUCCCCGAGUCGGAUUCUCCUGUACCUCCCUGGACCAAAAUGGCUAGAACUGGGGCCUCACUCUCCCCAUCUCAGCCACCGAUCCACAAUCCGCCAGCUUUCCUCUCCAUCAGUCGGCAGAGAUCCAAGAGUCUGAGCCCUGUACGAUCUACGGCCAACAAUGAGCAGGAUAUACUUCUGCUCAAUCAUGUCUAUCGUGAGCGCUUCCCCAAGACGCGCGCCAAGUGUCCGGAUUCGGUAGCUUGUGUGACCAACAUGUGCAACCGGCUGCUGCUGAUUAUUGCUCGGCCGGCUCGCCUGCUGGAAUGCCUCGAGUUCGAUCCCUGUGAAUUCUACCAAAUGCUUGAGGUCGCUGAAAACCAAGUCAGACAGCAAAGUGACUCCAAUAAAAUCUUCUGUCCUGAUGUGCCUCGGUACAUUAUCUCAAAGCUGGGUCUCAGUAAGCUCGCUGACACUGAACCUGAAGGUGCGUUCUCUCUUUCGCUGACUAAACCUGAUCAACUUAAGGCCGUUUUCCUGGUGCGUGAUCGAAUAACCCGUCAGCGGUAUGGUAUGAAGAAGAUGCCGAAGCAGCAUUUGCGUCUGCGAAAUCAGGUGGAGCAGGUGUUUGCCGAGAGAGAUAUUCUCUCGUUUGCUGAUAAUCCCUUUGUAGUGAGCCUCUACUGCACCUUUGAGACGAAGAAGAGCCUCUGCAUGGUGAUGGAAUUCGUUGAGGGUGGAGAUGUGGCCGCACUGCUAAAGAACAUUGGCGGACCUCUCCCCCUUGAUUUGGCCCAAAUGUAUUUCGCUGAACUGGUGCUGGCUUUGGAGUACUUGCACAGUUAUGGCAUUGUGCAUCGUGACUUAAAGCCUGAUAAUCUACUCAUAACUCACGAGGGUCACAUCAAACUAACUGACUUUGGACUUUCUCGUAUUGGUCUGAUGAAUAUGGCAACUAGCUUCUACGAACGCAGUCUUGAUCUUGAAAAGGACUGUAAAAUGUUUCGAGACAAACAGGUAUUCGGUACCCCGGAAUACAUCGCACCUGAAGUCAUCCUCAGACAGGGCUAUGGUCCAAUUGAAUUGCCUGCUGAGGACGAGGAGGGUUGUCUCUCGCCGGAGUCAACAUCACUGAUAACCCAACUCCUCGAGCGGGAUCCCCUGCUGCGUUUGGGUACAGAAACGGGUGCCGCAGAAGUUAAGGCUGCCCCCUUCUUCGAGGGUGUGGACUGGCACAACCUCCUCUACCAGAAGGCCGCUUUCGUGCCACAGCUGGAACACGAUGAAGAUUGCUCCUACUUCGAUCCCCGCACCGAUCGAUAUCAGCACGAGGUGGAAGACGAUGAGGACCUUGACUUCGAGCUUCUCCACUCCUCUCUUGGUCCCCCCAGCGCCCCUCCGUCAUCCGCUAGCUCUGUGGUAUCGGAGUGCUCGAUUUCGGUGUCAAAGGAAAAGUUGACGGAUCUGGGUCAGGUUGUGACUCCCGGUGAGGAGGUGAACGCGACGCUUACCGCUGCAGAUGCGCGACAAACUGCGGAGCGACUGCACUGUGCCAUAAGCCUAGCUGGAACGUCUUCUGGUGGUGGUGGUGGUGGCGGUGGCAGCAGGGAGAGCGAAGAGCUGCCCGAUGAGGCGCUUUUCCAUGCCUUCACCUCCUGCACUCCGCGAUUCUCCAUAGCCAUGGAGAAGGCGGCAAUGGAGACUUCGCAGAAAGAAGGGGAAUCUGGUGAGGAACAAAUGCGGGAGGAUGGAGAUGGGCCAGCUGGGCAGGAGGAAAUAACCCCUACCAAUAAAUUCUCAACUGCGGAGGAGAAGGGUGCCUCAUUGACUCCUAAAAAGUCAGGGAAUUUGGAUGGGGAGCAGAGUGGUUCGAAUCAAUCCCCCCGACUACCCUCUCCACUCACCCCCACAAGUACCGCUGCUUCUGAUGCCUGCUACAGUGAUCUUGAAAUGGGAGUCUCGUCCGCUCCCUGUGAGAACUCUUCAAGCAACUCCAACGCCUUCACGACCAAGAAGCGGACUUUGAAAGAAUGCACAGACGAAGAUGUUCAUCGUCGUGACAACAGCUCUCAACAGAAGGCCAAACGAUUGUCCCCAGCUGGCUCACCCACGGGCCCGGACAGUUUCUCAGAAAAUACGCCCUCAUCUACUCAGGUAUAUUCAGUGCCGGGCAUUAAGAAGGAGACGAAACCGUCAAAAUUACCGGUUCCUUGCCGACGGAAAGCAACCAGUCCUAGUCGCUCCCUUGUUCCCGGAACCAUCGUCUCCCAGACCACCAUAAAGUCGUCCUCUGCAAGCAUGCUACGGGCUUCCGAUAAUUCCAGUGCUUCUCGCACGGUCACCAUCAAACGCGGACCUCGUGGCUACGGUUUCACUCUCCGUGCCAAGGACGUUUUCUUCGGAUCCUCGGACGUCUACACUCUGCACCACAUUGUUGUGGGUGUCGACAGAAAGGGUCCCGCGUAUGCUGCUGGACUGCGUGAGAACGACGUCAUUCUGCGAGUUAAUGGGCGUGAGGUUGUGGGUCGGCUGCACAUUGAGAUUGUGCAACUCAUCUGCUCCUCUCCGGCGCCUCUCCGACUGCUCGUAACAACUUUCGCACAGAGCAACAUCCGUUCGGAUGGGCGAUGGCGCGCUCGUGGUCGUCUGGUCUCACGUCCGAGUCGACGACUUAAGGCUUUGGUUUCUAGGGCCUCCAAAGCGGCCAGUUCAGGUGAGGAAAGUGGCCUGGAGAGCGGUGGUGGUCGACGUCUGUUCAAGCACACAGGUUCGACAGGUUCCGGGCCGCUUCGCGUCCCCAACAUCGCGAAUGUGCAGAGCCCAGGGACGCAGGGUCCACCGCUUGUGAUUGAACGCAGACAGCGACACAGACAGCAGGUACCUACUGAAGUGACGCCGUCUGGCCUAGCCUCUGGUCGGAAGCUAGUUGGACCUACGGAUGAGUCAUCAAGACAUCAUAGCCACAGCUUUUCUGUUCUCUCCACCUCUACCAAACGAUUCGAUGCCACCACUGUCUCAAGCCGACUGCAUCUGCAACCGCGCAGUAAUGGUGUACCACGUGAUUUCGUCUACUUCGUUCUUCGUAGGGUGCAUUGA